UUGGUGAAACAUAAGUUUUGAUAUUUUGUGCAAACAUAAGAACCAAAAAAGUGCUUCUAAAUUAUCAUCAAAAUGAAUCAACGAAAUCUAUUGAAAUGCCUUUUAAUUACUUUCCUUUCUCAGCUGUCAUUAACCAGCCAAUAUUCAAUUGCUUCCACUCAAGAGCCAGAUAAAUUGGAUGCUUUGCUUUACAUGUUUGGAGGUGGCAAUCCAAAGGAAACUCAGGAAGGUUAUCAGAUUGUUGAUGGUGAUGUUGUGGUUCCUCUUUUACGGGAUGAAACAAAUGAUAUUCUUGCAGGUAGAAAAGCAAUUACAGAUUCGGUUCUUUAUUGGCCUUCCGGAGAAAUUCCUUAUACUUUUCAUCAUUCUGUAAGUGAUGUUGAAAGGAAAGCCAUUUUAACUGGAAUGAAUCAUUGGGAAAAUGAAACUUGUAUAAGAUUCCGUGAAGCAACAGCUAAAGACUAUUUUCUCAUUCGAUUUCGAACUGAUCAACCUGGCUGUUGGUCAUUGGUUGGACGGCAAUACUCGCGAUUCCAGAAGGGUCAAGAUGUUUCCAUUGGAAAAGGCUGUGCUCAGUGGACAACAGUAGCCCAUGAAAUUGGUCAUGUUAUUGGAUUUUUUCAUGAACAAUCACGAAGUGAUCGGGACAAGGCAAUUCACAUAAAUUGGGAAAACGUUGAGAAAGGAUUUUAUCUUCAAUUCCAGAAAGAGGAAGAUGAAAACUUUGGUGUUCCAUAUGAUUAUACAUCUGUAAUGCAAUAUCCUUCAUGGGCUUUCAGUAAAGAUGUGCUCAAUAAGAACACGAUUGUAACAAUGGAUCCAAAAUACCAGCGAAUCUUGGGAAUCAAUCGAGGCCUGACUUUCCGUGAUAAGAAGAUGGUUAAUCAUUUAUAUUCGUGUGAUCGUGAUUGCCAUAACCUUUCUGAAUAUCAAUGUUUAAAUGGUGGCUACUUGAAACCUGGUAAAGCUGGUGAAAACUGUACAUGUGAAUGUCCACCUAAUACUAAUGGAUCAUCUUGUCAAAAUGUGAUUACCUCAGAUUAUUAUGAGCCUCUGUUUCCUCUUCCAUGUGGUGGAAAUGUCACACUUCCGGGUUAUAUAUCAACACCAGGUUACCCAGGACGUCGUAAUCCUCAUGAAAGCUGUGUCUGGGAUAUUCAAGCACCAUUGGGUAUUCGAGUCGAGCUUGAAAUUUUGGACUUUGAUUUUGCCCCUCGAUCAAAAUCUUUAAACAAAAGAUUAUUUGGUAAAUGUGUCAAUGAAUCGGUUGAGAUCAGAGUAAAAGAUGAUUAUCACGGUGAAAUAUAUUGUGGAACUGAUUUGGAGCCAGGAAACAAACUCAUUUCGGAGAAAAAUCGACUUCUUAUCAUGAUUAACGCAGACAAUUCAAUGACUGGUAAAGGUUUUAAAGCCAAUGUGCGUUUUAUUGGAAAAAAUGGCGAAAAUUCAAUCAUUCCAUCAACAACCUAUCCUCCAAUCAAAGCAACAUCAAACCCACCUUUUAUCCCUGAACCAAAAAACACAACACCAAAACCCUUUUCAACUACAACAAUAGUACCUAAAGUGAAUAAAAUCAACGAGAUAACAUUCAAACCCAAAGAUAUUGAAGAAAUAUGGAACAGAAUCAAAAGUAUUCAACAGGGAAAAAUUGUUAAAGUAAUUAAACCAAAAGUGGGUCCAAAAAUUUGAGAUCCAAUAAUGAGCAUUCAUUUUCAUCUACACCAAUUUUUCACGUCUCGAUACAGACACAUUUUGAUACUUUUUGUACCUGAUGAUUUUCCAUUAAAUUAAUAAUUUCAAUAAAUUGACUUCUAAUUCAA